AUGGAGGCUUACGAGAUGGUGAGGCGGAACAAGAGGCUGCUGCAGCUCAGUGGCAGCGCCCCCCCCCAGGCCGGAGCCUCAGAGCUGGAGGUGAUCUCUCAGCAGGUGGAGGAGGACAACCAGUGCGUGGCCCCUGUCCAGCUGGUCAGCUUCGCCUACAGAGACUUGCCUUUGGCCGCCCUUGACAUAUCCCUCGCUGGAUCUCAGCUCAUCUCGAACCCGGAUGAAGAAGACAACAGGGAGGGGUCAAACUGGCUGAAGCCGUGCUGUGGGCGAAGGGCUGCGCUGUGGCAGGUCUGUCUGCUGUCAGUGGGCUUCAACUGUUUCCUGGUGGCCUGUGUCAUUCUGGUGGUGCUGCUGCUGACGCUGGAGCUGCUCAUAGACACCAAGCUGCUGCAGUUUAAUAAUGCAUUCCAGUUUGCUAGCAUCAUCCACUGGCUCAGCCUGGCUAUUCUCUCUGUGUUCUUCACUGAGACGGUGUUCCGGAUCGUGGUGUUGGGGAUAUGGGAUUACAUAGAGAACAAAGUAGAGGUGUUUGAUGGAGCUGUCAUCGUCCUCUCUCUGGCCCCCAUGGUGGCCUCCACAGUGGCCAACGGCCCCAGCAGCCCCUGGGACGCUAUCGGUCUCAUCAUCACACUGCGCAUCUGGAGGGUCAAGAGGAUCAUCGAUGCCUAUGUGCUACAAGUGAAGGUGGAGAUGGAGCUGGAGAUCCAGCAGUAUGAGAAGGCCAAGGCGGUGAGGGAGGAACAGCUUGACCGGCUCACACAGAUCUGCCAGGAACAGGCAUUUGAAAUCAGGCAGCUGAGGGCCCACCUGGCCCAGCAGGACCUGGAUCUCGUAGCAGAGCGUGAAGCAGCCAUGCAGAUCCACCAUAUGUGGGGUAAACAGAGCAGUAGUUUCCAGGAGGUGGACGGAUUGGCCCCUGGGGCCUCCGAGCAUCAUGGGCCAGCUAAAGCUAGAGAGCCAGGGGGGCCUGCAGAUCACCAUGGUCAAGAUGACAUGAACAACUACAUAAGCCAGUACUACAGUGAGCCAAGCAGUGAUAUGGGGAUCCCAGAUCCUGCACGGUACAUCACCACAGCAGCCAUAGACGUGCACCUGCCCAACAACCCCAGCCAGCUUCCCUCAUCUUUGGUGAGUGCCGACGCAGUGACAUCAAGCCGUUUGCAGCGCACUGGCAGCUCGGUCAGCGAAGCCUCCACCACCACAGUGUCCCGCACCAGCUUCAGCGCCCGCCACAGCAUCAGCAGCCACACGCUGGGCUCCACCACGGACUGCAGCUCCACAGUGCGCGAGGCCUCCACUUCUACAGAUUACAGCGACCAACGCUGCUACCCCCCACCCUACAGCAGCCCUCUAGCCCGGGGCACUCAGCCGCGAGGGAGUCCCAGCGCUGUGGUGCAGGAGCUGCUCUCCUCUCUGACCGAGGACUCUUGUCUCGCCCAAAAGGGCUUGGACCCUGUCAACCUUAAACCGCCCAGCCCGGCAGGUUCCACCAAAACCAGCCCAGAGCUGGAGCACAAGGUGAACAUCUACAACAAGAGGAACCAGGAGAGCAGAGUUGGGCUGCACUCCAAGCCUCUCAUCCACAUGCAAGGCAACGAGCCUCUUCUAGAGGAGAAGUACAGGAUGAUGGAGCCAGUAGACGCCCCGGUCAACCGUCUGUCGGAGACAUAAGCCUCUGCCUGAGACGUGGAACUUCACAGGACUCGAUCUUCAAAUCAACUGCAAAAAUUAACACAAACUAAACUCUGGUGUUGUUGGGACUCACUGGCACACGAACUGUAUGUCUGUCAUCCUCUUCUUACUGUUGGGACUGUGGGGAUGAACUUGACAGAGCAGCACAAAAACAGAGGGCAUGGAAGACCGGAGGAGGCAGACUUGUUAUCAGGCACCACUUAUCAGGAAUUGACACUCACAAAAACACCUUGAGUUUUAUGACUAAUUUUACCAAAACAAACCAGCAACAGGGCGCAAGCCCAAAAUGUUCAGACAACUGGUCUGUGCGGGAAUAUCUGGCUUUUGAAAUUGUUAGUUUUUCUUGAUUGCUUAAACACAUUUCUUGAAAUUAUGCCUCUUUUUCUCAAAAGUCUAAACACAAAUCCACAACUUCUCAAUUCUUAAUCAACUUCUCAAUCAAUUUUGACUCUUUGUGUUCCCCCCACUGGGUAGUUGUGUACUAAUUGAGCUCAACCUGUGCUGAUUGAGUGAACAAUAUUGAAUGUUAGUGCUUUCUCAAUGACCACAUGGUGUAGGCAAGGAGCAAUGAAGGGAUUUGUGUGUACAGUUUAGGGAAAUAGGUGUGCGCUUUGAAAAAUGGAGUUAUGGUUUUGAAAUUUUAGUUCAAAAGCCUGGUUAUAAUGUUUAAGCAAUGGAGAAAAACUGUAAGCUGUGGUUUGAUUUCUAGGAAGUGAAACCAGUGAGGGGGUGGUGCUGAGGGCUUAGCUCCUCUGAUACACUUUGUAGGAACUGGAGAUGCUAGACUGACCAUGUAUUGGAGGGCCACCAACUGGCACUACACAGCAUGGAUUUACCACAAGUGGAGGUGUAUCAGCUAUUUUGAAUGUCAUUCUAGUUUCUCCAAACUCACAAAGAACAGUCCUCUUUGAUGGGACUGCUUCAGGGUCCAUUGGAUCAGUCUCAACGUCUUUCUAAUCUUUCUCUUUCUAUUUUAGCAACGUUAACAUUUUUAUCUAAAUUCUAUGAGUGGAAAGAUUGUGGCAAACAUUUGAUGGAUGAUUCCAGUUUUUAACCAGGUGCCAUGACUGAAAUCUGACCAAACCCAGCAGAGUCAGUGUUUACUGAGAUUUUGCAAACUGCAGCAUGUCCUUAACGCACCGAAUUAAUUGAAAAUCUUCCUGCACAUGAUAUAUUUGAUAUCAUACAGGUCUAAAAUAUUACCUUUUUAUGACUUUAAUGUUCGGAAGCUGUGUAAAUAUGUCAAGAUGGGUUUAUCAUAUCACAGCCAAAAAAAUAUUGAGAGACUUGAAGUGGCGCUACAACAAAAGUUUCUAAAAGAAAAUUAUAGCAUGAAACUUCAAGAUUUGCCUCUUAAAUAUCAAAACUAACCCUGUUUAUUGUACCGUCAACAGGCAUUUCUAUCACCAUCAAGGAAAAAGGGCAAUGCAAAAUGAAUCAAAUAAACGGAAAACAUGGUAAAAUGAGAAGACUCGUUAUUAGUUGUCAAUUUAAUACAUUAUUUUCCAAGAGCAUCUCAACAAGUACAAAUCCCCCAGGUUAACAUGGAGACUUACAGUCAGCUACGUUAAAGUCAGAGACCUAGAGACAUUUAUUCCCAAAGAUGCCCUUUACUGUACCAGAAAAUUAAAUACAUGUUACAACCAGUCACUACUAGAGACAUAAAACAUCUCCCGAGGUAAGUACAACCUUGUUUCAUUGUAAUUUAAUGCUUGUUCAGUAUUUUAAAAAAAACAGCAUUUCUUUCUAGAUUGAGAGUGUUCUUGUGUUUCUAGUCAGAGAGAACAUGCUGAUCAUGAAAAUGAUUUCUACGAGCAAACACUCACAGCUUCAGAAAUGUGUUAAGGCAUUGGCCAUGGGUUCCUGUAGUCGCUCUCUGAACUCUUCUUACUGCGGUUUCCAGCUGUGCGAUGGACGUUUGGUGGGAUGUUGUUUCUCCUCACUUGCCCAGUGCCUCAGUCAUCUCAGGAACAGCCUG